UACAUGCAGCAGAUAUAAAUUAAUGAGGCAGCUCUUUCUUUCUUUGCUUACCUUACAGAAACAAAAAUAAAGAUUUUCUUGCACACACACUUCAUUCAGUAUGGAUUUUCAGCUUCCUGGUUUUAGGUUCCAUCCAACUGAAGAAGAACUCUUAGAUUUCUACCUUAAGAAGAUAGCUUUAGGAAAACAGCUCCAUUCUGAUAUCAUUUCUUUCCUUGACAUAUAUCACCAUGAACCUUGGGAUUUACCAGGGCUUGCAAGGAUAGGGGAAAGAGAAUGGUAUUUCUUUGUCCCAAGAGAGAGGAAGAAUAGACAUGGCGGAAGACCAAACAGAACAACUGCAAAAGGUUAUUGGAAGGCAACUGGGUCGGACCGCCCCAUUCGAUGCUUGACAGAUCCUAAAAGGUUGUUGGGUCUUAGAAAGACUUUGGUUUUCUAUACAGGCAGAGCACCUAAGGGUCAGAAAACUGAUUGGGUCAUGAACGAAUAUAGGCUGCCUAACACUUGCUCCUUACUUAAGGAUGACAUAGUGCUGUGCAAGAUUUAUAGAAAGGCAACACCAUUGAAAGUUUUAGAGGAAAGAGCAGCUUUAGAAGAGGUCACUAGGGCAUCGCAAGUUGCAUCUUCAUUUCCUUUAAAGGAAGAAGCAGAAUCUCUUUGUUUCUAUGACCAGCAAAUGAACUUUGGUAACUUGAUGUUUUUCCAAGAUUUUGUUCAAGAACUAGAAGAAAUUAAGUGGCCAUGCUAGAAGAAUGUUUUGCAUGGAGUGGAGAAGUAUCCAAAAGCUUGGAUUGGCCUAAAUAAGCUGCUACUCCAGCAUAUAUGGGGAAGCAACAAUAGCAAACCUAAUGGAUGAUUAGAUAGUUCAUUGUAGCAGAAGGCACUCCUACUUCUCUGAAGUCCUCGCAAUUGUAAAUAAAAAUUCCUUCAUGCUUGUGAUUCUAAAUCAUGUGUGGAAAGUGAUAACUUGACAUAAAGGAAUGUUAUGUGGAAUCUAUAAUUUAGUGGCAUUUGUUGGGUAGUCUUGAAUCUUAGUUUGCUCUUCGAAGGAAUAUGUACAAGGUUAUUUUUGUUCAAAUUUGUAGUUAAGUACCUGCAUCAUUGUUUGGGUUAUUGGACAUAGCCCUUUUCAUUAUUUGAUUUUGGGUUUUCUUCA